CAGCAGCCAGGAGCACAGUCGAGCCCUAACAGCCGUCGUGAAAACAUCUCAUAAAUACGAAAUCGAAACCUAAGCAAAAGCAAGAAUGGCACCUUCAAACAUGGAUUAUGAGAACGAAGUGCAGACCACCGAGUGCUACACACACAAGAAGUUCAAGACCUCCGCCUACACUCACAAGAAGUUCAGCAAAAAGGCCAGCAGCAGCGGCAAAGAGAAGGAGGCAGUCGCCACUACCUCGCCCACUCCACUCUUCCGGCCAUACGCCCUCAGCGAAAACACGCCGCGAAAGCGUCGUCAGGUGACGGAGAUCCAGCAGCAUCAACCGCAGUACCACUCCCUGCCUCCCACACCGCCCACCACCCCGCCGCAACAUCAGCAACAGCUACAGCAUUCGCAAUAUCCAGUGACUUCGCCACUUCCGGCCACCACCAUGCCGUCGCACACACCGGUCUUAAGUCACCAGGCCUACGCCUACAUGCUGCAGAAGCAGCGGACCGUGCUCCAGAUGCGUCAACUGCUCAGCAUCAAUCCGGAUGCCAACACUUGGCCUGUGGAAUGGCGUCAGGCCCUACAGGCGCUGCUGCAUCAGUGAGGACGGAUCCGUGGAUUCCCGAACCUAACGCAACGGAGUGAUUUGCCUAGCAACCAGUGAUAAUACUUUUAAGUGCCACCUGGACAAAUUGUACGAUAUUAACGGAAGCGAGACGUAUUAGCGUAGUCCUAGAAUAAUUGUAAAUAUCUCUAACAUUUAAAUAUAUAAAUACAACAUUCAAAAAUGAAA